CAUUGCUUGCAGCGUUCACUUUGAGGUUUGAAUUUUGAACAGUGAGUAGGAAUGACGGUUUAUAGCUUGUGAAAUCUAUCAGAAAAUAAGAGGCUAAGUGCAGUUAUUUGCAGUAGGCAAAUAUAGGAACAAAUAUAACAGUAAAAAAAUGAAGUCUGCACGUACAAAGCCACCAGGCUCGGCUCGUAAGCCAAUUAAUCGUCCAAGAUGUAAUAACAUGAUAUCUAAAGACCCAGUUCAAGUUUAUUGUCGUUUAAGAUCAAUGCAACAUCCCAUGGAUGUAUCAUGUAUGAAAGUUACAUCCGACACAACUGUGGUUAUUAUCCCACCUGAAUCAGCAAUAAAUUUUCGUAAUGCUAAUAAUAAAGAAAUUCAAACAACAUUUAGUAUGGUAUUUACACCUGAUACACCACAGAAGGAAGUGUUUAACGUGGUUGCUCUUCCAUUAGUUGAAAAUGUCAUUCGUGGUAGAAACAGUCUUCUGUUUACUUAUGGAGUAACUGGAAGUGGUAAAACAUACACAAUGACUGGUGAGCCACAAGAUCCUGGCGUAAUGCCUCGAUGUCUUGAUGUAAUUUUUAACAGUAUUGCUAAUUAUCAGACAAAGAAGUUCAUUUUUAAACCAGAUAAAUUAAAUGGUUUUGAUAUACAAAGUGAGGCUGAUGCAAUGCUUGAUAGGCAAAAUGAGAUGCAUGCAGGUCUUAUGUCACAGAGAAAUGGAAAAUUGGGAAAACAACGCAAAGCAGAGAGUGAUGGCGAUAGUAAUCCACUAAUACUUCGUGAAAUUGAAGAAUCACAAGCAAUAACAGUAGAUCAAGACAAUGCUUAUGCUGUGUUUGUUACAUAUGUUGAAAUAUAUAACAACAGUGUGUAUGAUUUGUUGGAGGACGAAGAUAUUAGAACUAAAACAUUACAAAGUAAAAUAGUCAGAGAAGAUGGAAAUAAAAACAUGUAUGUACAUGCUGUCACAGAAGUUGAAGUAAAAAGUGCAGAAGAAGCAUUUGAAGUAUUCCAUCGCGGGCAACGCAGACGAAGAGUUGCACAUACCGCACUUAAUGCCGAGUCAAGUAGAUCACAUAGUGUCUUCACUAUUCGUCUUGUACAAGCUCCCUUAGAUGGCGAGGGCGAACAGGUAAUACAAGACAAACGAGUAGUGUGUAUUACUCAAUUAUCUUUAGUAGACUUAGCUGGUAGUGAAAGAACUAAUCGUACAAAAAACACGGGUCAACGAUUGAGAGAAGCAGGAAAUAUCAAUAAUUCUUUGAUGACACUUCGAUCGUGCUUGGAAAUUUUAAGAGAGAAUCAACUACAGGGUACAAAUAAAAUAGUGCCCUAUAGGGAUUCAAAACUUACACAUUUAUUUAAAAAUUAUUUUGAUGGAGAAGGACAAGUUAGAAUGAUCGUUUGCGUUAAUCCGAGAGCGGAUGAUUAUGAUGAGACAAUUCAAGUUAUGAAAUUUGCGGAAAUGACUCAGGAAGUACAAGUAGCUAGACCAACAAUUACAAAAAUAGAUCUUGGUUUUACACCUGGAAGAAGACAAGCAAACAAGAUAUUUAAGGAGGCACGCAGUAAAUUGGAAAGAGAAGGUCGUCCCGAAGCUGCAGAUUUGGAAGUUGAUGUCGGUUUAGUAUAUAGUUUGGGUGGGCCAUUUCCCGAGUUGGAAAUUAGCUCUCCACGCAAUGAAGAGAUAAUCACUAACUUAAUGCACUUUUUGGAGCAGCGCAUUAACAAACGAAAUGCUCUACGCUCUAAUUUACAACAAAAACAAAAUGAGCUUAGAAAAAUGUUAAUGACAGUGGAACAUGAACAUUUGAAUUUAAAAGUUGAGAAUGCAUCUUUAAAAGCAGCUAAUUCACAACAAAGAAAAAAGGUUUCUGCGUUGGAAGGCCAUUUAUGUAAAACUGAAGAACAAAUAGAUAGUUUACUUCGAAAAUUAAAUCAUGCAAAUGAUACAAUUCGUAGCUUGCAACAAGAGUUGAAAGAUCGAGAUAUGGCGUUGAAUCAACGUUUAAUAGACAAACAGAGAGUGAAACAGAAAUAUAAUACUAAAAUACAAGCAGAAACCGAUAAAAUGAACAGAGAAUUAGAAAUAAAAUUACGUCAACAACGUGAACACUUACAGAACCAAAUGAAGGAGAAAGAUGAUAAACUGAGAUUAGUAAAACAAAUUUUAGUUGAUGAUGGAAUGAACCCUGUUCCAUCCGCUCCUAAGGAACGCACUACAGCUACUCCUAGUUGUACAGAAGCAACUCCGAAAGCAUCGGAUUACCGAUCGCGAAGGGAUAGAGUAGCUGUUUCAAGUGCAAGACAUAGGCGAUCACAAAGCGCUGAUAGAUGGAUUGAUCACAGACCAGGUGCACUGGUUCCUUUGGGAACAGUUCUUCAACCACUAAUGCGUAGAAGACGUAGCGUUACGCGUCUUACAGAUCCAAAAGAAAUUACAGAUGGUGUAUCUAGAUAUUGUCUCGUUGCACAAGAACACGACACAGAUGGUGAACUUGAGACAAAACUGUAUAAGGCGGACAUAUUACCCACUAGCGGAGGAGGCGCACAAGUUGUAUUUAAUGAUAUGGAAUGUUUAAAACAAUCAUCUCCAAAAGCAAGGAAACGCAGUGGUCCAACAGAUGUAGAUAACAUAAAUGAAAUAGGCACACCAAAUCAUUCGUCUACCCUGAUAGAAACCCAUUCUAAGAGACCGCGGGUGGUAAAUUGAUUAAACAUAUUAAUCAUUGAUAAUAAUAUGGAAUCAAAAACCUUUUUGCAGUAUUACAGCAGUGAUUUCAUAAUUUAUUCAGUAACACAUAAGAAGUAUAAUAAGUGAUAUAAUACUUUGUGUAAGCUCAUGAAAUUUGAUAACAUCAAUUUGUUUAUAUAUACUUUAUAUACUUUUUAAAACAUGACGGUAGAAGUCUUCUUUUAAAUUUGUAAAUAUUAAUUGUUCUAGCAAACAAUUAUGUGUAAAAACACUUAUGUUUUUAAAUAAUUACAAAUGCAUUUUUUACAUAGCUUGCAAUGUUAAAAUAUAUAAUUGAAUGUACUUAUCAAUGU